GUGUGCUGUGCAAUUUUGCGCAUUACUGAAAUUGCGGUGUAAUUUAAGUAAAUUAUUUGCGUCGACUUUGCAUAACACUGUCAUUCGUCCUCAAGUUCGCAAUGGAUCAAGUUGGGAUUGUGUGGAUUUGCGUUACGAUCUUCAUUCUGUCUCUCUCGAAAUUCUUCACGAGAUUAAGAAGUGUCCUGAAUUACUGCUUCUACAUGGUGUUUUGCAAUAUUGUGGCUUUACUGCCGCUGUUCCUCUUUCCAUUUCGACCGUUUGACUCGAGAAAUGCCCUGAGUGCCGCCUUCGUGGGCAGAUUUGUGGCUCGUCUCGUGGGCUUGGCGUACAAAAUUGAAGGACUGGAGAAUGUGAAUAUCUCCCGAGGCGGAAUUAUUGUAAUCAAUCACCAGAAUGUCCUCGACAUGCUCGUGCUGGCCUACAUUUGGCCCCACAUUGGACCAGCAUCUGUGGUGGUGAAAAAGGAGCUGAUGUACUACGCGAUCUUCGGCGUAGCUUCUUGGACUUGGGGAUCACUCUUCAUCGACAGAUCCAAUCCUCAGCGCGCCAUUGAGAGCCUCGAGCGACAAGCGGAUGCCAUUGAAAGCAGGAAGAUGAAACUGAUUUUCUUCCCGGAAGGAACACGGAACAAGGGUGAGCGCUUGCUGACGUUCAAGAAGGGCCCCUUCAGGCUCGCCCUGCAGUGUCGGUGCCCCGUUCAGCCGAUUGUGGUGUCGCGCAAUGACUUCUUCCGCUCUGUGGGUGGCACUUCCGGCAGGGGUGUCAUUAGGAUUCUGCCAGAGGUCGACACAACAGACAUCGACAUUGACUGUCUGGCGGCCUUCAUUGAGAGAGUUCACGGCGAAAUGGACGAUGUGUACCGGGAGUUGAAUAGGAAAAUUGCCUGCUGA